AAUGGCGGACACGAAAAACGUUUCUCAGGUUAUUUCUCAAAUUUUUGAAGAGGCGCCAACGGCCAGGAAGAAGCUGAUUGAGAACCAGAGCAACCUGCAACAAGUUGCAGACUACUGCGAAAACAACUACCUGCAGGCAGAUGAGCCAACAAAGGCUCUUGAGGAGGCCAAAGCUUUGACCACGCAAGCGUUGGCAAGCGUCACCUAUCAAAUCAACAGCGUGGCCACUUUGCUGCUCCGACUUCUCGACUCCCAGGCCAUUCAGGUCAAGAACAUGGAGUCCUCAGUUAAUCUCAUGUCACUGGCUGCUUCCAUCCACUACGAGAAAGUAGCCAGGAGAGAAAUCAGCAUCUUCACUACAUCCAAAAAAAACACACAUGCCGCUCUUGUGGCUCCGCCCACUUCGGGAAAGGAACUGGAGAGAGGCUAUUCACGACUCCCCAUAUCAUACUCUUGCUUGGACACCACUGGACACAGUUUCCAGGUAACUUUAAAGGUCACAUGUCGAAUGUCAUAUGUUGCUUGUAAGGCGGAACAUCCUCUGGUGACCCCCUCACAGGUCUCUCAAGAGCCCCCCAGAAGCAGGACAGGGACUACUGACAGCAUGCAGAGCAAUGCAGAUGCCCCCAUAUCCAACCAAGGCAUCGCUGUGCCUCUGCCAUCAGUCCCCACCUUGCCUGCUGAAGUUAACCUCACUGAUGACCUCCCCCCACCUCCUCCUCAAGCUACAAUUGAUGCCGGUUCGUCUACUCCUCCACCCCCUCCUCCUCCUCCUCCUUCUACCAGUUUGGACGGCGGACUACCCCCUCCACCUUCUUUGACCUCACCAACAUGUCUGCCACCACCACCACCACCACCACCAAGCAACCUCUGCUCACCGGACUCACUUCCCCCUCCACCUCCUCCAGUUGCAGGAGCUUUUUCUCUUCCUCCUGCAUCUGUGGCGGGAGCUGCCACUCUUCCUCCUCCUCCACCACCACCGCCGCCCACUACCACUUCUAGUAUUUUGCCCCCACCUCCUCCCCCUCUGCUACAUUAACUUUUUUUUUUGUUUGUUCGUGGAUGAGCUGUCGCCAGUUCCAGCUGAACCGAAUGCCAGCCAAUGGCAGGGCAAUAAUUGUUUGAAAGUUUUACAAUAUACAGUAUGACAAUGUACAGGUCAUAUCCUAGAUUUGUUCUAUAGAACAGCAGCAGAGAUAUCUUCAACAUGUUUCAACACUGGCCCCAUGACAUUCCAUAGCGACAAGUUCAAACGGAUUCCUCACUUUCUCCUUCAUUGACUCAUUCCUUCCUUCCUUAUUAGGUCUCUGUUAGAAUUGUUUCUACUCAGCAAGUCCUUAAAAAAACUGUGAUGACAAGUGACAGUGAUAAUAUACUUAUUAAAUGCUUAUCUCAGCACGUCAUGAUUACUUUUUACAUGCCGUGCAGGGGCUGAGCCUAAAGGGAAUUGGUCAUUAUCAUGCAAUCACGAUUCGGUAAUUUAGGAGCAUAUUUUCAUUAUGUGUAGUUGGCCCAGGAAUGAAAGCUGAUUAUAAGCUUUUAUUUGCCAAAGGGUCUUGAUUUACUAUCCUUUUUUGUGGUUGUACUUUUUAAUCAAAAAGGCACUCUAGGCAAUUUUUGCACACAUAGGAGAAAAGAAUACAUCACAAGGAUAUCCUGCUACAUCAUUUUAUAUAUGGAUAAUUUCUCUAGCAAAAUAAAUUGCUACAAACAUUUGUUUAUCUUAUUUCCAGAGCAAAAAUACGAUAUUGAGUUUGCCAUCAAUGUCCUUGAUGUCAUCACCUAUACUGCUCACAACCACUAGAGGGCGUCUAGCACAUUUACUACGACUGCAGUGUCUUAGGCCAGGAUUAUACAGUCAUGCAGUUGAGUCAAUGCACCUUAGUGGCAUCAAACAUGUUUUCCUUUUGUUAAAGUGGGACAGUUACACAUUCAUUGAGCAACAUAAACUUCUGACAUCUACCCAGGAUAUGUCCUAAACAGGAAGUCCUGCGGCUUUAAAUGAGACAAUAACGCUAUAAAAACCUGUCUUAUGCUUGGAACACAUUAACAUUACCUUUUUGGAGCCACACACAGAAGAAAAACAUUUUAGGUUAUGUGAAGACUUCCCCGAUAAGUGUGCGGGACCAUGACCAUCGUGAAUAUAUUUCAAUAUGUGUAAGUAGCCGCCGUGCCGAAUAACACAGCAGUGUCUUGAGAUACGAGUGUGGCAACUUAGUAGAAGUUUUACGAGAUGUUAGUUGCCAAUUGUGUUGCAAUGCUUUAACGAACAAAGUUUUUAAAAUAAAAUAAAGUAAUACUCACAUACAUAUAUUCUUGCUCUUCUUUUCGAUUCAUUUCACUGGGGGGGGGGGGGAACAAUUUCAGAGUGUUUCAAGUUAGGAGCUUGGUCAUAUAAUGAAUUCAACUCGUACCUCAAGACAGUGCAGAACACAAAAGUAAUCACAUGAUCCAAGUAGACCAGAACUUGUUCCCAGAUUCCCGAGCUUGGUGGUGUCCAUCGCCGUGGUGCUGCUCUGCUUCUACUUGCACGCCAGGAAGAAGAGAGCGGUGUAUAACAUCACCGUGGCGAGCGCUCAGGAGGACAGCGGCGUCUCCAUCCAAGCCAUUUCGCUAACAGAAGCUCAGGAGGGGACGGCGAGAGAUUACGAGAGACUCCCACCACGCUACAGCACCAUUGAUUUUCCGCCACCUUACUCACUGUUUGACCCCAAACUGACAAACGUUUGGCCAGGGGGCCCGCCUCCCGCCUACGAGAUGUAUCCCAUCACGCUGCCUCUGGCUCCUCAUCACUGGAGGACCGCCUCGACCAGCACUUGCGCACACCCACCAACGUUUCUAUGACCAAUAGAUUUUUGUUACUGUGCAUCAAAGUUGAAAUGUAAAAAGCUACACCGACACUUGUCUGAGUGAUGGUAUAGUUUUUAUUACACUACUUAAAAUAAAUAUGAAGACGUUGCCAGUAUUGGUGCAACAAGUAUUUAAAUAUUCAGUAAAUCCUUGGCUUUUUAAAACAAUGUUAAGGCAAAAUAUGUACUGGACUGCUUGUAUGUGACAAAUAACGACAUCAGCUCUGAUUGAAAUUUGUAAUGUUUGUCUUCAAAUUCAUUUGUCUACUAUCUGCUUCUCUAAUGUUAACCUGCUUUGCAAUUCUCAGUAAACCCAACAGGUUGUGGUCAAUAUUGGCUAGUUUGUUGAUAUUGAUAACUGUCGCAUUGUGUCAAUAGGUUCCUAUUGCUGUCUAUUUUCCAGAUGAGUGACGAAAUACAAAUAGAGCACAUUUCUUAACAAAUACAAUCAUACUAGUAUAUGGUGCUAGGGUGGGAAAAUACAUGGAAUCUCAUACAAAUAUCACAUUUGGUAUGUGACCGUCUGUCUUGUAACAAUUCAAUGUAAACAUGACACUACGUUAAGUAUUUGAAAUUUGGAAGGCUAAAAGAUUUCGACCCAUGACUGACCUACCUAAAAUACAUGACUCUUUACAAGAACUGGCCAUUCCACUACAUUUUCUUGGUCAACUACUAGUAACAAUCAAUACUGAUUAAAUGUUGAUUUUAAAAUA